GCCCUUGGAUCAAAAGCAACACAAACGAACCGAGAGAGUUUUUCCGAAGCGAAAAAAAAUUCACCGGAAAAUAGAAAACACAAACGAAAUGCCUUGCGCUUUAGCGGUACCAAACUCUCCGAUCUUCUCACCGUCGAAAAUUCCGUCCAUUUUCUGCCGGUCAUCUCCUUCUUCAUGUUCUUCUCCUAGAGUACUUCUCCAUGGUCCACCUCCAACGCCGUCGUCACGGUCCAACAACCCACUUUCGUCGCCGAAGGCUUUCCCGGCAAGGUUUCAGAGUCAGAGGCAUGUGAUUAGUAACUGCAAGAAGGAGCCGUCGGGUUUGGGCUCGGGUCCGGCUUUGGCUUUGAAGAGGAAGAGGCCGAUGAGGAUUGAUAUUCCGGCUGCGCCGGUGAGUUUCGGCGUUGACUCGCCGAAGGUUGAGGAGAGAGUGGAGGCGGUGGAGGUUGACGAAGAUGGAUACUCGGUUUACUGUAAGAGAGGGAAACGAGGUCUCAUGGAGGAUCGGUACUCCGCCGUGGUUGAUCUUCAUGAUAAUACCAGACAGGCGUUCUUUGGUGUGUUUGAUGGGCAUGGAGGUUCAAAGGCAGCUGAAUUUGCAGCAAAGAACUUGGAUAAGAACAUCGUGGGUCGUUUGGCGAGCGGAGGAGAAGAGAAGGUCAUGGAAGCAGUGAAAGAUGGUUAUUUGGAGACUGAUGUUGAGUUUUUGAAGGAGGAUGUUAGUGGUGGUGCUUGCUGUGUGACUGCGUUGGUACAGAAAGGUAAUCUGGUGGUGUCGAAUGCUGGUGAUUGCCGCGCUGUUAUGAGCCGAGGAGGGGUUGCUGAGGCCCUUACGUCUGAUCAUCAUCCUUGUAGAACAGAUGAAAGAGCCAGAAUUGAAAGCUCGGGUGGUUAUGUGGAUUGUUGCCGCGGUGUUUGGAGAAUACAAGGGUCUCUUGCUGUUUCAAGAGGAAUUGGAGAUCGACAGCUAAAGCAGUGGGUUAUAGCAGAACCAGAGACUCAAGUCCUAAAAAUAAAUCCUGAAUGCGAGUUCUUAAUGUUAGCUUCUGACGGUCUUUGGGACAAGGUUACUAAUCAAGAGGCAGUUGACGAAGUUCGCCCUCUAUGCGUUGGAAUUGAUAAGCCAGAGCUGUUUUCUGCUUGUAAAAAGCUUGUUGAUCUUUCAAUAAGUAGAGGUUCCAUGGACGAUACAAGCGUGAUGAUAAUCCAAUUAGGCCGUUUUGUUUCGUAAUACGCUUUUAGGGAAAAGGAGAUUCAGAUUAUGACAGUUGACCAGUUUCUUUGCUGCGGUACAUGCUUAUGGAAUCACAAAUGUCUACUUUGCUGUCUUUGCAGAACAUUACCAAAUGCCGAUAGAUGCAUGACUGGACUGGGAAUAGUCAAUAUUGGAUAGGUAUAACGAACUUGUAGCUCUUUCUACAAGCUUGUGCUGCAUGAUAAGUUCCGUACUGAUAAAGAUGCUUAAACAUGAGCAACACAUUGCCAGUCUAGCGACGAUUUGGAAAAGAAAUGUUUGACUGGUUCAGAGACUAAACAGCAGCAUGCAAUGAUGCAAAAGAAGCUUCAUGUUGAUAUAAAUUUGCAAAAAGCCAAAUACAGUUAAACAUCGAUCAUUUGAUCCGAUGAGCAGCCGAUCACACCAUCUUUUUCUUUUUGUUGUCUUCUGUACAUUUUCCUCCGCCAAUCACGUUACAUCAAGAACAAGGGCAACGACAAUAACUAUGGUUAUAUGUGCGCUACCAGGAUAGAAUGAUAGAUAGACGUACUUCAUAGUUCAUACAUUUAAAUUCAUGAUUUCAUGCUAAGUAGCAGGAAGUCUUGUGUUAUUCUCAUGUUAGUUUCUUGAUUUCGGAGGAAUAAAUGUUUGAAGGAAAAAUUUCAGUUUA